CUAGCCUAACCCGACCUAACCUCUCCGCAAGAACUUUUGGCGCAAACAACGUGACAGCUUGAAGGAAAAUGAAGUGUAUUACUCCCGAAAUCUCGUGGCACAAUCGCGACCCGGUGCUGAGCGUCGAUGUGCAGAGCGGCUCGUACGAAAAUUCGAGGGGAGAGACGUUUUGGAGAGUAGCGACUGGAGGAGCGGACUUCCACGUUUUGAUUUGGCACUUGACGACGACCAACUUCGGUGGAGCCACUGUGAACUUUGCGGCAGACUUGGAGCGUCAUCAGAAGGCAGUAAAUGUUGUAAGAUUCUCUCCGUCGAAAGAAAUUCUAGCAUCAGGAGAUGACGAAUCGGUUAUUAUUUUGUGGAAAGUGAAGGAGGGACGAGACUUCUCUCCGCCAUCAGGCGAUAUUGAAAAUAAGGAACAAUGGACUUCCUUGAAAAUAUUGAGGGGUCACCUCGGGGAUAUUUAUGACAUUAGCUGGUCGCCGGACUCUAAUUUCUUGGUUUCUGGAUCUGUUGAUAAUACCGCUAUACUGUGGGACAUCCAGAAAAAUCGCAAAACGAUAUUACUGGACCACAAAAGUUUCGUUCAAGGAGUGUCUUGGGAUCCUUGCAAUCAAUACGUAUGCACCAUCAGUACAGACAGACACUGCCGUUUAAUAAGCAUUGCUACGAGGAAAGCCGUUCAGCGUGUUUACAAGUCCAAAAUUCCGACGCCGUCCGGCAGCUCAUUGAAGGGAAAGCUCGUGCGUCUAUUUUACGACGACACCUUCAAAUCGUACUUCCGUAGACUGACCUUCUCGGUAGACGGAUCCCUAAUCUUCGUUCCGUCUGGCAUAAUCGAGCCGCAGGAGAGCUCAGAGACUAUAUCAAAUGCGAUAAUUGUUUUCUCCAGAGAGGACAUAAGAGAACCAAUAAUGAUCCUACCUACCUUAAAUGAAUGUACUAUAGCAGUACGAUGUUGUCCUGUGUAUUUUGAGUUGCGAGAGGACGGUCCAGCUGCUCUGGUACCGCUGCCUUACAGAAUGAUAUUCGCUGUCGCGACGGAGAGUUCUAUAUUACUUUACGACACGCAACAGAUAUCUCCGAUUGGCGUGGUAUCGCUCAUUCAUUAUGGCCGACUAAAUGAUCUUUCGUGGUACGUGAUCGUCAAUAUGCUAUGCUGCUAUUCGAAUUACUUCCGAGUCUUAGCGUCUUUUCUCGUUGCUUUCAGGUCUAGCGACGGUCAGAUUCUAAUUGCGUGUUCCAGCGAUGGUUACUGUUCCAUAAUACACUUCGAGAAAGGUGAAUUAGGUAAAAUUUAUAAAACAAAAGUCCCUUUACAAGGUAGUGCAAUAGUGAACAAAACAUCCAAAAGUUCUGUCAAAAAAUCUUCGACCAGUGUAAUCAAAGACAAGAACAACGUCCCAACAUACGAUUUGGAUGAUUGUGCAAUGGAUAUUGAACUUGUAAAAAGCGACACAGUCGAGGCGAUGGCAAGUAAUCCACCCGAAGAGCUUAAUGAGCAGAAGUCAGAGAAAGUCGUGGAUAAUCAAGAUGUUAGGUCAGAAAAUGAUUUACAGAUAGACAAGAAGUCAAAUGAGGAAGAAACAGAAGAUAUUAAGCUGGUUUACAAUGAAGAAAGUAGCGAUACGACGAAGACUAAAACUAAGAAUACACCACCGAAGUCUGAUGUUGUUCCUAUUAUCUGCCACAAAACCCCUAGAAGAGUACAAUUAAUAACUUUGUCGAGUCCAAAGCGACUCAAGAAACAGUAACUUAUAAAAAAUAAAUCCUUCUAAGACUCAUUAUGUAGCUUUUAACUAAUGUAAUUAUUUUUAUAAUGUAUGGUCGGAGCGUAAAAAUAAUUGUCUAA